ACACACACAAAGGAAUAAAUGAAACAAAAAACACAUGCACACAUACUUAAUUGUGCUUAUUUCAGUUAUCAAUAUAUCUUGGCAUUUCGUGGGGCGUGGACCCGAAUGCGAGACACAGCUCGGCAAGGCAGCGCAGCAGCUAUUCACCCUUACCCAUGCAUCUCCUCAGACUGCUCUAGGCCGUUUGCGGUGAUGUUUGACGGCGGGAGACUCGGGAACCAGAUGUGCCAGUACUUGUCCCUGAUGCUGCUGAGGAAACAGUUCGGGAUCAAGAUCGCAAUCCGAGCCAAGAUGAAGAGAAUCCUGACGACUUCCUUCGAGAACGUGUGGGUCCCUCUGAACGGCAGUAAAUGCUUCACGCAGCACACUCAACGCAUACUAUAUCGUAAUUUGUACAAUCAAUUAUUCAACUUCAACGAGGGCAAUCCGGAGGCGUAUCCUUUGUCAAAAUCCUACUUUAUCAGCAACUACCCCUGUCCUAUAGAAUUGCUACUGCCUUGGAGGGAAAAGCUCAGUAAGGUCUUGGUGUUCAAGCCUAAGAUCCUGGAGGAAGCCCGUCGGCGGAUGCACCGCUCCUUGGAAGCAGCGGGACUCGCCGAGAGCCCAGACCUUACUGUGGUGACCGUGCACGUGAGGAGGACGGAUUAUAUUUCGUAUGUGAAAUCGCGCUAUGGCUUAGCGCCGUUGACGGCAACCUACUUCCAUCGUGCCUUCAAUUACUUCAGGAAGAGAUUCGCACAUCCUGUGUUCCUGGUAACGACUGAUGAUAAAAAGUGGUGCGAGGAUCACAUACUGGGUCCAGAUGUGCUGUACGCAGGUUCUCAAGACCCUUCAGUGGACAUUGCUCUGCUCAGUCAAGGGAAUCACACGAUCGUCAGUUUCGGGACUUUCGGCUUCGUCAGCGCCUUCCUGGGAAAAGGCAUGAUUGUGCACCCUGAAAAUAACCCGACCUAUAACUGUGAAAGCUCUGGAGUCACGCUGUCGGUGCCUGUCAGUUAGGUAAUCAUUAUCCAACAUUUAUUUACAGUACGGUGCAAUCAGCAACGGUGCCGGAUUAUACAGUAGGCAUAGACUGCACAGUGCCAGGGGCCUACGAGAUAUUAGGAACGGAAACAUCUUGUCUGCUUUUAUCAGCGAGAUAUGACACUGAUACGUUUCCCACUGUUUAUUGUUUAUGUUUUCAUUUGCUGGAGACAUGAUAUUUUUUUUUCUAUACGUCUGUCAUUCAGUCUAUACCCAAAAUUACUGAAUCUUACUCUCCCGAUAUCACAGUGAGCAUCAGCUCGAGGUCUAAGUGAAUAUGUUGUUAAAUGGUCCUGAGGCCUAUGGAAGCUCAACCCGGCCCAGACCAGUAGUCAUAAGAUAUAUUAAAACUGAGUGUGAUAUGAGAUUGAAUAUAGUCUACGUGUACAUAUUCUUUUAUAUUUAUCAGACAGGCGAGAAGUGUGUGUGAAAACCUCUGUCUUUCACUGAAGUAAAAUUAAAAUAAACGGGCAUUCGUAAUAUCCACGAAUUGAGCAAACGUAAAACCAAGAUGUAUUGUGACGCGACGCAAUAAAUCUGAUGUUGCUUAUCAAAGGGUCAAAAUUUCCCUUAUUAAAGUUUUAAAUGUCAGAAUUUCAUGAACCCUAUUGGUCACCGCGCUUUUUAUAUACAUCAUGUUUGUUUAGGUUCGUUUUAGAAUAAAUGUACCUGAUACACGAAUAAACAUCGUCUGUA